CAAUACAAAUUUGUACUACACUAAACAGUGACUCAGAGAGAGAGACGGGACCAUUUCCCUUGUUGCUCGCUCACUCUUAAAAACACUUUAGCCUUUUUCAUUCACGACAGGAUCCGUCUCUGCCGCUUAACAACAUCUUCAUUCUUCAUUUUCCAUUUUUCAUUAUUAUAUCUUCUUCUUUUUUUCUUAUCUACUACUACUAUAAUAACAACAAUAAUUCACUCUUGUAUUUUUUUCUUUUUCAAUUAUCAUUAUCAUCAUAUGGAAAUGGAAGACCAUCAUCAUCAUCAUCAUAAUCAUCACCACCAUGAACAACAACAUCAACAACAACAACAACAACAACACUAUGUUAAUGUUAGUGGUAACACUAACACUAAUAGUAUAACUGAUUUCAGACAACUCAUGAAUAUUGGACAAAGAACAACAUCAACAACAACUGAUCAUCAUUUUCCUACGGCGGAGUUAUUCCCCGCCGCCGGCAACCCAAAUAUGACAGUGACACCACACUAUGAGAUGAUGAUGUUUGGCCGCCAAGUAUCUGAUAUAAUGCCUCGUUCAUUUCAUGACUUUGUUUCUACAGAUUCUGCUGCUGCUGCUAUUGCUACCACUGCUACAACUAGUGUUGUUUCAACUCCUACUCUUAGUGGUAAUUUAGAAGCUGAAACAACUGUUUGUUUAGGUGGUGUUGAUGCUUCUAAUGGAAGAUGGCCUAGACAAGAAACUCUUACUCUUCUUGAGAUUAGAUCUCGUCUUGAUCCUCAAUUCAAAGAAGCUACUCAAAAGGGUCCUCUUUGGGAUCAACUUUCUAGGAUAAUGUGCGAGGAACAUGGAUAUCAAAGGAGUGGGAAAAAAUGCAGGGAGAAGUUUGAGAAUCUAUACAAAUACUACAAAAAAACAAAAGAAGGAAAAGCAGGAAGACAAGAUGGAAAACAUUAUAGAUUUUUUCGUCAGCUUGAAGCCUUAUAUGGUCAAAACAAUAACCCUUCUUCAUCUUCACUCCCGGAAAACAAUUUUUGUACCAACAAUCAAGAAAUGUUUCAUUCUCAAAACAAACAUUGUGAUAGCCUCAGCCUCACAAACUCCACUGAAUUUGACACAUCAUCGUCCGACAACGAUGAUCAUAAUGAAAGCUCCAUGGAGAAGAGAAAAAAGAAGAGUAGUGGAAGAAGCUUCUGGAAGGUAAAGAUAAAAGACUUCAUUGAUUCACAAAUGAAGAAGUUGGUGGUGAAACAAGAGGAAUGGUUGGAGAAACUCACAAAGACAUUGGAACAAAAGGAAAAGGAAAGGGUUUUAAGAGAAGAAGAAUGGAGGAAACAAGAGAAAGAAAGGUUGGAAAAAGAGCAUAAAUUUUGGGCUAAAGAAAGAGCAUGGAUUGAAGCAAGAGAUGCUGCUUUAAUGGAAGCUUUGCAUAAACUAAAAGGAAAUGAUGAGAUAAUAAAUACUCAAUCUUCUUCUCAUGAUGGAAACAAGAAAAGAAAGGAAAACUCAAGAAGUUGUUUUUACUUUGAUAAUAACAACAAUGUUGAUAGGUCUUGUUUGUAUAAUAACAAUGGAGGAGGUUCCUAUUGUGGUGAUGUUAAUGAUCAAAGAGAAGAACUUGGAAGAGUAGUAAGAAAUGAUGGUUCAAAUUCUAGUAAUGUUGUUGUUGCAGCUGAAAAUUGUUUUCCAUUGUUGAUGAGUGAGGGAGGAAAUUUGUGGGAGAAUUACAGCUUAAAGGUUAGUAAAGCAAACCAAAAUCAGUGAUCAGUGAAAAGUUUUACACAGCCUCAUGAUCAAACAUUGUUAUGUAAGAAAGAGGUAAAUGAAGUUAUUAAGAUGCUUUUUAUGUAUAGAGACCACAGAGAUUAUGAUAUGAUUAGGUAAUUAAGGUGGUCAAUAUAUUAUUAUUAUAUUCAUGGGAAUCUAGGAGAGAAAAACAUUUGUCCAAGUCAUGAUCAAGUUUGUUUAAUUAUGAAAAGAUAUACUUUGAUCAAGUGUUGGGGUAUGACACUAUAAUUCAGGUGAGUCUCUCUUCUUAUGCCUAAUUUUCUUUUAUGGGUAUAUGCAAAUUAAAUUGGAAUUGUAUUACU